AUGGAAAAAAGAGAUUCAACUCUGAUUCCGAUUCAUUUUACGAUCCCUAAAUUCACCGAAAAAGUGGUCGGUAAAAUAGUCGUAUUCUAUCAAAUUGUGGUCCAGAUGGGCAAACAGAUCUGGCAGAUUGAGAAAAGGUAUAGCCAGUAUGAUGAUUUGAACCUCAUGCUGAGCAAAAAGUAUGCAAAUCUACCAAGAUUUCCAGGAAAAGGAUUUUUCAAGCUCAAUGAUGAAGCAUGCGAGCAAAGGAGAAAGGACCUACAAGAGUAUAUUAGAGGGCUAGCAGUGAGAAGUGACUUGAGGACAGAUCCCUUCUUUAGGGACUUCUUCGAAUUAGAUUUACAUAAUUCCAGCACAAUGUGCUAUUCACCCAUAAAGGUAGCACAGCUUGAUGAACUUCCUUUGGGAAUUAGAGACUUUCAUUAUAUUAAUGAUAAGGGCCUGUUGUUCUUUGCCUUAUCAGAGAUGAAGAUAACAUCAAGGCUUGAUUCUUAUUUAACAAACCUAAACCUCCCUUGGGAGAAGAAAAAGGAUGAUACUUAUUCCACAGUUGGAGCAUUGAUCUUCUACAGAGUCGGCCUUAGAGAAAGCAGCGGCGAGUGGGUAUUCACAAGACUCUGGGCCAAGAAUUUCUCCGUUCAGACAAACAUCCUUCUUUGGGUUCCAGAAAAAGAAAUGCUGUUUUUAGGAAUGGAUGACGGAGUAAUAUACGGGUUUUCAAUCAUUAAUAAAGGAAUAUCCCUAAGUCAGGACGUUGAGAUAAAAGCACACUCUAAGAGAGUCAUGGGGCUUGCUUACGAUUCAGAGAAUGGCUACCUCCUCUCAAUUUCAGAGGAUGGCAAAUUCAAGUGUAGUGAUCCAACAACUGAAGAACCAGUGCAUGAGGAGUAUGUCGGGAAAGGAGGGCUGAAGCAGCUAAUUCAUGAUAAAUACUACAAGAGACUGUUCAUAGGUGAUGGUAAAGGAAAUGUACACAUAAUGAGUUAUAUUAAUUACCCUCCAGAAGUAGUCGGCACAAUCUCUACUGAAUCCUCUUCAUGAAUUAGAGGAAUGUGUAUCGAUAACGACCUCAAAUAUCUGUUCACUGGUGAUACAAGUGGGAAUAUUAAUACAUUUGAUCUUGGUCCUGUUGGAAAAGAGCGCUUUGCAAAACAAAUAGGUUCAAUCAAGGGAGUUUCAAAAAUCAGAUAUAUGGUAUGGACCAACCAAAACCGAGAAGUAUUUGCAGGAAACGAUACUGGCAAGGUUUAUAUCUGGGACAUUGAGAAUUCUAAAUGAGUCUAUGUCCACGAGGCACAUGAAUAUCCAAUCACAAAGAUGCAAUGGUUCGAGAAAAGCAGAUAUUUAAUGACAGUCUCGAAAGACAAAGUCCUCAGCGUAUGGCAAGUUCCGAAACAGUGGAUUAAAGAGGAAGCUCCGGAAGCCUCUGAAGAAGUUAAGGUAGCACCAAGGAAAUUUGUUGAUGAUGAGGACGCAAAAUUCAAGACAAAUGGGUAUGAGAAAUUUGUGCAGGAGGAAAAUUAUCAGGAGAAUUACCAGGAGAAUUAUCAAGAGAGUGCUGAUAACUAUUAUGAAGACCUGGAUAGGGGCAAUACUGGAGAAUCGGCCUUUGAGAACAUUGAAAAUGGGUACGACCCAUUAGGAGGAGGCAUGGUGAGCACAAAGCCAGUGAAGAAAAAUGACGAUGACCUUUUAGGAUGGAGUAAUUAA